CAGUCCUGUCAUUAAUCAGCUGUUGUUGACAUUCAGAAGAAUCUAGAUCAUUUCAUCAGACACAAUUGGACGUCGUUUCGUGUUAAAUUAAUACGCAACACAUAAAAUUUCUGUUAAAAACUAUUUCGUUUCGUCACAAUAAUGGAUCUUUUCGGUUUCUUUAAAGGCCUUUUUCUUCCAUCGCAAAGAGAAAGCAACCACGAUUACAACUCGAGGUCCCAUUACUUGAGAACCGAUGAAGACGAAUUAGACGAAUAUGAUCCAUCUGAUCAAAACCCAAGGGAAAAUGAACCAUUUGGUUUCCAAAUCUUCUCUAAUCCGAUUGAAAUGCAAAAGUACUUUGAGAAACAAAUGGAGGAUAUGUUGAAGAAUUUUGGAUUUCAUCAUGAUGACUCCUUUUUUGGGUUUAGCGAUCGAAAUUCUGUUGGAACGCAAUUUGGCGAUUUUUUAGAAGGCUCAGAUGAACCCCCUCAAGGGAACUCGCUGAGAGAUCAGUUUUUAAAGCCUGGUUAUCAUAUACCUAAUGCAGAUGUCCAAAAACGUUCUGAUGAUGAUGUAGAUGGACAAAUACAACCAAAUGAUUUGGAUUCAAUGUUUAAAGAAAAAAAUUCUUUAACUCCUUAUAAACCACCCAACCAAAGUAUUUUUAAAUCUUUUGGGCAAAGUAUGUCUUCAAAAACAAUAAGGAAUUCUGAUGGGUCAAUUGAGACUCAAAGAACUGUAAAGGAUAGUCAAGGUAAUCAAGAAAAUGUAGUAACUAAAAAAUGGGGUGAUAAGGAAUAUACAGUGAUAACAAGAACAGAUAAAGAUGGAAAACAAGUUGUUACAGAGAAUUUAGUUAAUAUGGAUGAAAAUGAGUUAGCUGGUUUUUUGAAAAGUAGUGGUAAUGAUAGGAUAGAACCUAAAAAACCACACAAUUGGUUCCCAUUUGAUAAAUAUUUUAGUUAGGGAGGAGAAUAUAUAUAAAAUAAACGAAACGAAAGAGAAUAACUUAAAAAGAAAUAUAGUUUAUAAAAUAUUAUUUGUUGUGUAUGAUUGUAAAUAUUGCCUUUUUAAAUAAUUAAUAAAAAAUAUGAAUUAAG